ACAAAGAUGUAUUAAGAAGAUGCAUACGUUUCCAAAAACUUACAAUAACAUGAAUAGUUGUGAAUCAUCUUUGACUUGAAGCAAGUACUUAAUUUGCACCAUUUUUUUCCAAAUCUUAUCCACUUCUAGACAAAAUGCUUAUCAAACAACAUCAUCAUCGGUGCGUAAUGUAUUAUAUUGUAAACUUAGCAAAACGACACAACAACAAUAAUGGGCCAGAGAAACAUCAAGCCCGAAUGUUCAAGAAGGCCCAUCUGGGUUCAACGUUCUUCUUCAAAAGACAAAAACUUCAUCAAUGAAAGCAGAGGAAGCUCAGGUCGUACGGAGUAAAGUCGUACUUCGAGGUACACUCUAUAUUACAAAAUUUUCACUCAAAGUAAAGUCGUAAAUCAGUUUCCGGUGAAAAAUCCUUACUAAAUGCUUUUUUUUUAUGUUUCAUGAUUUUUUACAGAAGCAACCGAUUGGUAUAAUCAGAAGACUCCCUCUUUUGGUUUUACCAAGUUUCUUCCACUUGCCAAACUUCAUUCCAAGGACGGUGGGUUUCUUGUGAAUGAUGAGCUCAAGAUUGUUGCCGAGGUACAUGUUCUUCAAGGUAUCGGCGAAUCAGAGGGAUCUCAAGAGGCAGUCCAACCUAUGAAAAAAACUAAGAUGAAUGGUUAUGGUACUCGAAAUGGGAAACGAAACCUUUGACGUCAAUGGGUUUCAAGUCUCUACAUCACAAGUAAUCUAAUUAAGAUUAGUUCUCAACUAUUCUUUUGCAGGACAAAACCAAGAUUCAUGUUUUUUUUUUUUUCUAUAUAUUUUUGAUUCACUGGCAGGUAGCAUAUGUGAGGUGUAUAUUUGAGAAACACCCAGACUUUGCAUCAAACGUCCUUUCAAAUAAUCAGCAUCUGAAGUCGACAUACAUGAAUGUUCUCCUUGAACUGAUUGAAACACUCUGCCAGUUGCCUGAGAAGCUCUCUGAUGAUGAUUUGGCUGAAGCAUCGGCUGCAGUUCUAUACUUAUCGCAGGUUGGGCUCAAAGUGGAUUGGUUGGAGGAGAAGCUCGAGGAGUUAAAGGAAAAGAAGAAGAAGAUGUACACUGGCAAGGCUCAGCUGCAACGCAUGGAGGAAGAGUUGCAGAAUCUCACUAAGAAAUGCUCAGACCUGGAAGAUCUUGUGAAGAAGCAGAAUGUUGCUCUCUCGUUCAGUGAUGUGGUUUGAUGUUUCAAGACUUGUCAUAAACUAACUUGUAGUUUGCUAUUUUUUACUUGGUAAGCUGGUGUUCUGGUCGUGUGUCUUGACUCUGAAAUGAUGGUCUUCUACUCUUUCUUUGAACGCUUUUGAGAUAAAAGAAUCUUAUUACCGGAGUUUUUGUAAUAUGGGAGUACCCUUGUUUUUUUU